AUGCACAAAAAAAUUGGUCCAUUAAUUAAUUAUUUAAUAUCUCAAAGACUUGUGUCAUCUCGGUCGAUUAUUUCAGAUGUUGAACUCUCAAGGAAAUAUCAGAGGAUUUCUCCUCUGGAACAUAUUUUGUGCAGACCGGACAGUUACAUUGGAUCAGUUAUUGUCUGCGAUAGUCAACAAGUUUAUUUAUUCGAUGAAUUUUCGAAAAAGAUGAUUCGAAGGAAAAUUUGUUUCGUACCUGGUCUUCUGAAAAUAUUUGAUGAAAUUCUAGUAAAUGCCGCCGAUAACAAACUCCGAGAUCCAAAUAUGAAAUGUGUUCGAAUAGAUGUCAACAGGGAAGAUAAUAUUAUAUCAGUUUGGAAUGAUGGUCGAGGAAUUCCAGUCGAAAUACAUCCAGUUGAAGGUGUUUAUGUGCCUACAUUAAUUUUCGGCUCAUUAUUCACUUCCUCUAAUUACGACGACAACGAGAUUAAAAUUAUUGGUGGGCGUAAUGGAUUUGGAGCGAAGCUUUGUAAUAUUUUCAGCAAAGAAUUUAAGGUCGAAACAAAUUCAAGCCACUCACAUCUUAAAUUCUCUCAGAUUUGGAAAAAUAAUAUGACAACAACAGAAGGUCCAUUGAUUGAAUCAUCAGAUGAAAAAGAUUUCACUCGCAUUAGCUUCAAACCCGAUUUAUCUAAAUUCAGUUUAUCUGAUUUAAGUGAAAAUAUGGUUAUAUUAAUGAAGAAACGGGCAAUUGAUGUAGCGGGGACAUUGAACAGUGUUGAUGUUUUUUUCAAUGGUGACAAGAUAAUGUUAUCAGGAUUUCGCGAUUAUGUUGAAUUAUUUCUCAAUAAUUACGACCAUAACACCGGUAAGAAAGGUGGAAAUUAUUCUUACCGUAGUGUAAAUGACAGAUGGCAAGUUGCUGUUGCUAUUAGUGAUGAUGGUUUCCAGCAAAUUUCAUUUGUGAACAAUAUUGCUACACCAAAGGGUGGUCGUCAUGUUGAUUAUAUUGUUAAUCAAGUGGUAGAAAAGUUGAAAGAAGAAAUUGAUCGUCGAACUAAUGUCUUUAAAUCUGUUCGUUCUGAACAAAUUAAGAAUCAUCUUAUGAUUUUUAUUAACUGUUUGAUUGAAAAUCCAGCAUUUGAUUCACAAACUAAAGAAUUACUUAUAACUUCUUGCAGUAAAUUUGGAUCCACGUGUAUUUUACCAAACUCGUUUUUUAAGGAAUUUUUUUCAAAAACUGAAAUAAUUGAACGCCUUCUGCUUGAUAUAGAUAAACGACGAAUAAAAUUGUUAAACCAGUCGAAAAAAAGCUCUUUAUCAGAUAUUGUCAAAUUGGAUGAUGCUUUAUAUGCUGGCACUAAUAAAAGUUAUCUUUGUACAUUAAUUGUAACUGAAGGGGAUUCAGCCAAAGCAUUAGCAGUUGCUGGUCUUUCUACUAUUGGAAGAGAUUAUUAUGGAGUAUUCCCAAUUCGAGGAAAGCUUAUUAAUACUCGGGAUCUAGAUGAGAAAUUGGCUUGUGAAAAUUCUGAAAUUGCCGCUUUAAUUCGUAUACUGGGUUUAAAAUUUGGAGAGGAUUAUGGGAAUGAAGGAAAACGAUCUCAUUUACGAUACGGUCGAUUAAUGCUUAUGACUGAUCAGGAUCCAGAUGGCUCGCAUAUUAAAGGCCUUAUAAUAAAUUUUAUACAUACUUAUUGGCCAUCGCUGAUCCAUUCAAAUUUUAUUCAGUAUUUCGUUACUCCAUUACUGAAAGUAUUUCAUCAUUCCGGCUCGCUUAGUUUUUAUAGUACUAAAGAAUAUGAAGACUGGAAAACGGCCUGUGGAAACUUUAGGAAAUACAAGGUCAAAUAUUAUAAAGGUCUUGGCACAUCUUCGUCUCAAGAGGGUCGUGAAUAUUUUUCGCAUAUUAAUCGCCAUACAGUAGAUCUUAUUUCGGAUGAAUCUACAGAUAAAAUGAUCGAACUUGUUUUUGACAGAAAUAUGUCUAAGCAGAGAAAAGAUUGGAUUAAUAAUGAAACCAAAAAGAUAAAAACUCCACUCGGAUUCGGACAAAAGGAAUUCGUUAAUGAAAAAACUUAUACAGAUUUCUUCAAUCAAGAUCUGAUUGAAUUUUCUUGUCUCGACCUAAAGCGUUCAAUACCUUCUGUAAUGGAUGGAUUGAAGCCAAGUCAGCGUAAAGUACUUUAUACAAUGAUGAAGCGAUUUGAUCAUGGCGAAAUCCGUGUAAGUCAGUUGGCUGGAGCUGUCGCACAGUUUUGUGAAUAUCAUCAUGGAGAAGAGUCACUUGUUGAAACGGUGAAAAAAUUAGCUCAAAAUUUCGUUGGCUCUAAUAAUAUCAAUUUAUUGCUUCCGAUUGGUCAAUUUGGAACUCGAUCUUUAGGUGGUGAUGACUCAGCUAGUGCUCGUUAUAUUUAUACUGGGUUAAAUCCAAUCACAAGGAUUAUUUUCCCUCCUUCCGAUGAUAGUUUGUUAUCAUAUGUAAAGGAAGACAAUAGCGAAGUUGAGCCAGAAUGGUUUUGUCCUAUAAUUCCCAUGAUAUUGGUAAAUGGAGCAGAAGGCAUAGGGACUGGCUGGGCCACAAAAAUUUUGCCGCACUCGCCUUUCGAUGUGAUUGAAAACAUACGUCGUAUGAUAGACGGAAAAAAUUUGCAAAAAAUGUUUCCCUGUUAUCGAAACUUCACUGGUCGGAUCGAAGAACUAACAAGUGAUCGGUAUAGGAUAACGGGAACUGCAAAUUUGCUUUCUUCAAACAAUAAAAAUUUCCUUAAGAUCGAAAUAACAGAAUUGCCUAUCGGUAUUUGGACUCAGAAAUAUAAGGAAAAUGUAUUGGAAGCUCUUAAAUCCUCUGGUUUGGUUAAGAAUUAUACCGAAUCUCACAAUGAAAACUCUGUGCACUUCUUAGUUGAAAUGAUUAAUAAAAACAAAUUACACUGUGAAAAUAAGCCAUCAUUGUCUAAAAUGCUUUCAACGUUGAAACUUCACAACAUUCAGAGUUCAAACAUGGUAGUUUUCAAUGCCGAUAAUGUUUUAUGCAAAUACAGUCGAGUGGAAGAUAUUUUAAGUUCAUUUUUUGAUGUAAAUAGAUCAUCAUACAGAUAUUUAUUAGAUAUGCCUUUGUCGAGUUUAUGUGAGGAAGAAAUAUGUUUGUUGAAUGAUAAAAAGGAGCGUAAAGAAAUUGAACUGAAAUCUUUAAUUGCUGCUUCUUGGCAAACAUUAUGGCACAAUGACCUUGAUAAUUUAUCAAAUGUUUGUUUUCCUUUGUUAUUUAUUUCAAUGUAA